AUGUCAUCCAAAGUUCCUAUACUUUCUGCCGGUGGUCCUUUGAUAUUUCGUCAAUUAUUUGAAAAGGUUUCAUCUACAUACACUUACUUACUGGCCGACUCACAUACCAAAGAUGCUGUUAUUAUCGACCCUGUUUUAGAAACUGUUGAACGAGAUAAAAAACUUAUAUCUCAGUUGAAUCUUAAAUUGGGUCCGAUAAUAAAUACUCAUUUGCAUGCGGAUCACGUAACUGGCAGUGGGUUGUUAAAGCAAAUUCCUGGAUCUUUCAAAUGUCGAAGUACUCCAGGGCAUACAUCAGGUUGUAUGACGCUAGUAUUGCAUUCCGCUGGUGUUGCUUUCACUGGUGACACACUUUUAAUUCGUGGUUGUGGAAGAACAGAUUUUCAAGGAGGCUCAGCUGAGACAUUAUAUGAUUCAGUCUAUUCACAAAUCUUUAGUCUUCCAAAUGAUUAUACAUUGUUUCCUGCUCAUGAUUAUUUAGGCAACACUAUGACUACUGUUGGCGAGGAAAAGGCGUUUAAUCCUCGAUUAACUAAAACCAAAAUUGAAUUUGUUAAAAUUAUGAAUGAAUUAAAUCUUCCGUUACCUAAACAAAUGGAACGUGCUAUUCCAUUGAAUCUAAAAUGUGGUAUCAAUGAUGAAUAA